AUGGCCUCGGCUUUGUCUACCAUCGGCCUUGACGAUGAGCUGGCAGCGAUGCCUGCACCAUGGCGUGACCGAGUGCAGCACCAUGCUCGUCGCUUUCACGAGAAGGAUGCCACAACUGUCCUUAAUCGCUACGAGCAGCAGAGGAGAAUCAUGAGCCGGCCGCAGCUUGAAAAGCAUGCCUUUCAUGUGGCAUCCUGGCUGGUGCAUCCAGAGGUGAGAAGAAGCCAUGGCGAUUCCGUGGAGGCACUACUGUCCAGGUACUUGGAGUCGUUGGAUGGGCAGCCACUUUGCGAGCGCCUGAAAGUGGUUCUGUCACUUGUCUCGGCAAGUUCGGGAGUUGCAGGGCUCUCGGGGUUGCUGGGCGAAGGGCAGAAGAGAAAGGCGGAGAUGAUGCAGGCAGACGAGCUGGAAAAGCCGGAUUCCAGCAAGCCAAUUGAUGCCUGCGGUGACAAGGCUGUGCAGCUGAUGCAGAAGGCCAGCCAAACGUGGCAGAACCAGCCGUCCAAGUGCCGGGAAGCGUACGUGGAGUCUCCGGAGCAGGAGAUGCAAGAGGCCGACGGAGCUGAGAACUCGGCCAAGCUGCGCAUGGUCCUGCGCCGAGCCGUAGCUGCGCUUUCCCCGCCACGGCAUUUAGGUGAUGAAUGCGAGGGCGAGAACUUGCAAUCCCGGCUUCGCAAAAUCGUGCUCCGCUGCCUGGAUCGAGUGGACCUGGCAGAUGUGCGUCUUGCACCGGUGCUGCAAUGCUUGCAGUCGCUGCUCCGAACAUUUCAGGAGCUGGUCACCAGUGAAAGCAUGAUCGCUUGCAAGAAGCAAUGGGCUCGGCUACAAGCCAAGUGUGCGAGCACCAUGCCACCUGAAGCUCGAAGUUCGGGAGUUGCAGGGCUCUCGGGGUUGCUGGGCAAAGGGCAGAAGAGAAGGGCGGAGUUGAUGCAGGCAGAAGAGCUGGAAAAGCCGGAUUCCAGCAAGCCAGUUGAUGCCUGCGGUGAAAAGGCUGUGCGCCUGAUGCAGAAGGCCAGCCAAACGUGGCAGAACCACCCGUCCGAGUGCCGGGAAGCGUACGUGGCGUCUCUGGAGCAAGAGAUGCAAGAGGCCGACGGAGCUGAGAACUCGGCCAAGCUGCGCAAGGUUCUGCGCCGAGCCGUAGCUGCGCUUUCCCCGCCACGGCGUCUGGGUGAUGGAUGCGAGGGCAAGAUGACGGCAUCUCCCGAAUCCGACGAUCAGUGGACGCUGGCCACCAACCUGCAAUCCCGGCUUCGCAAAAUCGUGCUCCGCUGCCUGGAUCGAGUGGACCUGGCAGAUUUGCGUCUUGCGCCGGUGCUGCAAUGCUUGCAGUCACUGCUCCAAAGGUUUCAGGAGCUUGUCACCGGUCAAAGCAGGAUCGCUUGCAAGAAGCAAUGGGCUCGGCUACAAGCCAGGUGUGCGAGCACCAUGCCACCCGAAGCAGCAGCAAGCUUGUCAGCAUGUGCAAAGGGAGCCGAAGAUAGUGCUGGCAUUGUCAAGCCGGAGUUUUCAGGAUCAUGCCCCCAUGGCAAGCUGAGACGAAGCUGCGCUCAAUGCAGAGGCUGUCCACAUGGCAAGUGGCGUCAAAAUUGUCCGCAAUGCAGCGGCUGCCCGCACGGAAAAGUCAAAAGCAAAUGCUCGGAAUGCCAACCCUGUCCGCAUGGCAAGGUCAAGUAUGAUUGUACGCAAUGCACUGGAUGUCCGCACGGUAAGCGCAAAAAGUACUGCCUGCAGUGCGGCGCAUGCCCCCACGGAAAGGUCAAGUGCAACUGCUUGCAGUGCAGUGCAUGCCCACAUGGCAAUAUCAAGUAUAAUUGCAUGCAAUGCGUUGGAUGUCCGCACGGCAAGCACAAACCGCACUGCCUGCAGUGCGGCGCAUGCCCACACGGAAAGGUCAAGCGCAACUGCUUGCAGUGCAGUGCAUGCCCACAUGGCAAUAUCAAGCGCAACUGCCGGCAGUGCACGGCAUGCCCACACGGCACGGCAAAACGCAGCUGCUUGCAGUGCAGCGCAUGCCCACAUGGCAAGCUGAAGUCGAGCUGUCGCAUGUGUGCUGAGGCGAGGGGAAAAGUGAACUGCGCGCCUCCAGGUAGACUGAGGUAG